UAGAAAUACUCAGAUGGAAGGUGUAGAGGCAGAAGAAGAUUUUGAGAGGGAACAGUUCAUCGAUUCAGAAGAGAAUAUUAUCAAUGAAGAAGAGGAUCUACCAACAAUGGAAACUCCAAUUUCCUAUCCAAAAAGGAAAAGAAUUCCUAGAAAAAUAUAUACUCCAAGCAGCAGUAAAGUAGCUGAAAAGCAAGAAAACAAGAAAAAAGUUGUAUCACUCAAAACUGGCAAGAGAAAAAGGAAGGCUCCUUCAACUUUCACACCAAGUGAUUGGUUUGUCUUAGGUACAAAGAAUGUUGCAGAUGAGGCGAACUUUGUAAUCAUGGAUUACCCUAUGUUUUAGCAAGGCACAUUCACUGAUCAUACAAGGUUAGUGCCCUGAGGGGCAUUUCUAGAAUUAUACAGGCCCUGGAGAUAGUUUUUGAUUUGAAGGAGAAUUCAAUUUGUGUUUCUUUGGACAUCUAUAACAGCAUCCUGUUACAAUUAUAUCUUCUUAGGUUUUGCUCUUUUGAUAUAAAUUACAUGAGUUAAAAAGUAGUCUUAGAUUUAGAGUGCACUUAUUGGCAGUUAUAUGCAUGUAUUACUUUUGCUUAUAUAAAGAGGUUUAUAGCAUUGUAUAUGAAAAUCUCUGUUAAUAUCGACCUACAGGGGAUGCAUGAUGCCUUGAUUUAUAAAGGUGAAUCUAAAUUUAUAAAGGUUUGUUGUUAUCUUGAAUUGUGUCACAUUUUCUUGUUUAGGGGCUUUUUACAGCUUACUUUAUGUUGUGGAUUCUUGUCCAUUGUUGAAAGCCGUACGGUAACCUGUAGAUAAAUUUUUAUUUGUACUUGGAACCUUUCCAGAUGACUGUCUCAUUGACAAUCAUACCACAUCCUCUAUUCUUAUAACUAACUUGAUAAGAAAAUAUAAAGUGCAUCUUGAAAAAAAGCCAUGGGAUAAAUAUCAAAAAGGGAUGUAGCUAGUCUAUAUUGUUAUUGAUAUGCUUGUAUUAUACGCCUUAAAUCAUACUUUUCCUAUAGAAUAUUCAAAAUCUGCACUUCAAACUAAUGAAUUACACUAUACAAAGGAUGUAUACGACAAAAGUUUAAUCACAUUAUCAGCUGAAGUUCUGUUCACCCAUAAAACAUGGACAGUUGAAGAUUUGGAAAUUUUCUGAAAAUACUGUGUAAAAUUAAUAUAAUAGUUAAUACUUGUUUCAUAUGACAUUUUACUUGCUUGUUUGUUGUGUAUAAGGUAUUGUUUUUUAUUUCUUUGGUCAACUCACCUUUUUGUAUAUUAUUUUAUGUAUAUAAUUUUGUUUUGAGGACUCCCAAUAGAUUAGCUAAAUUGUAUGGGGUAAUCCUCAGUUGGUAGAGUAUUUUGUCUUGCUUCUACAGUUUUCAGGCAUCAAAUUUUUAUUGUAUUUAUGUUCAUAUAUAUAUGUAAAUACUUGCAUGUCCUAAUGCUUAACUGGCAGGUCGAAACUUUCCUGGUUCAGUUUAAAUUAAACUUAGAAUUAUUUAUUUUUAUUUGUUGUCAAAUAUUAAAU